UUUUCUGAUUCCCUACUUGCUCAUCGUGUUCAUCGGGGGCAUCCCGGUCUUCUUCCUGGAGAUCGCGCUGGGACAGUUCAUGAAGCAAGGAGGGGUCUCUGCCUGGAACAUUGCACCCCUCUUCAAAGGUCUGGGCUUGGCCUCGAUGGUGAUCGUGUUCUUCUGUAACACCUACUACAUCAUGAUUCUGGUGUGGGGCCUCUACUUUCUCUUCCACUCCUUCACCAACCCACUGCCCUGGGCCACCUGUGGACAUCCCUGGAACACGCCCAACUGUACACAGGACUUCCGGCGUGCCUGCCACAACCGCAGCGCACUGCCUUCAUCUGCUGACACCCCCUCCAACCUCGACCCCUCUGCGUCCCCGCUAAACCUAUCCUCAGCCCUGCUCCUUCUCAACGGCAGCUGCGUGGAGUCCGAGGGCAUGCGCUCCCCUGUCAUCGAGUUCUGGGAGCGUAAAGUGCUGCGUCUGUCUGGUGGGCUGCACGAGCCCGGUGACAUCAGCUAUGAGAUGGUGCUCUGUCUCAUAGUCACCUGGAUCAUCGUUUACUUCUGCAUGUGGAAAGGUGUUAAAUCUACUGGCAAGGUUGUGUACUUCACUGCUCUGUUCCCAUACCUGGUUCUGGUUGUUCUUCUGGCCCACGGAGUCACUUUACCUGGAGCUAUAAAUGGGAUUGUUUACUACCUGAAACCAGACUGGUCCAAACUUGGAGAAGCACAGGUGUGGAUUGAUGCCGGCACUCAAAUUUUCUUCUCCUAUGCCAUCGGACUGGGUGCCCUGACUGCACUGGGCAGCUACAACCGCUUCCAUAACAACUGUUACCAGGAUGCAUUCGUCCUGGCCUUCAUUAACAGCGGAACCAGUUUCUUUGCAGGCUUUGUGGUGUUCUCUGUGCUUGGCUUCAUGGCUGAAGAGCAAGGCGUGGACAUCAGUAAGGUAGCAGAGAGUGGUCCAGGCCUGGCCUUUAUUGCCUACCCCAAGGCUGUGACUCUGAUGCCUCUGGCGCCGCUCUGGGCAGCACUUUUCUUCUUCAUGUUGCUCAUACUGGGCUUGGACAGCCAGUUUGUCGGGGUAGAAGGUUUGAUAACAGGAAUCAUGGACAUGCUGCCUCCUAAAUCUGUCCUGGGCUCUCUGCGCCGAGAGGUGGUGGCGGCCAUCUGCUGCUUCAUCUGCUUUCUCAUCGACAUGUCUAUGGUCACAGAGGGAGGGAUGUAUGUCUUCCAGCUGUUUGACUACUACUCUGCCAGCGGCAUCACUCUGCUGUGGCAGGCCUUCUGGGAGUGUGUGGUGAUUGCAUGGGUCUAUGGCGCGGACCGUUUCAUGGACGACGUGGCUCGUAUGAUAGGCUACCAGCCGCUACCCUACAUGAAGUGGUGCUGGUCCUACAUCACGCCUAUUGUUUGUGUGGGUGUGUUCCUGUUCCAUGUGGUGAACUACAAGCCCCUGACCUACAACACAGUGUAUACAUACCCCUUGUGGGGUGAAGCACUUGGCUGGCUAUUGGCUCUGUCCUCAAUGCUCUGUAUCCCUGUCACUGUUCUCUACAAACUGCUUCGCUGCAAAGGAUCUUUUCGGGAGAGGUGGCAGCACCUUACCACCCCAGUUUGGGGGAGACAUCACCUGGAGUAUCUGGCCCCAGAGAGCGAGGCCAAACUGCUGCCCCCUGCUGGAACCAAGAAUCAGCUUCUCUUUGAGAGUGUCAUCUGAUGAGCUGAGCCCUACAGAACACAGAUCCAAGGUCGCCCUUGACAUCAGCACCCACAGAAACAAACAUACAGAUGACUCAACACGCAUGCACACCACACUGGCCCAGUCAGAGCAAAGUGCAGAUUAAUCACGCACCCCACAGUUUUUAAGGUAUAUAAAAGCCCUGGACAAUUGGACCAAAGAUAAGAUGGGAGAAGAACUGAAACACAACCGCACGUAUACAGUCAUCACAGGCUGAUGUUCCGUCUGCUCUGCUUUCUGACUCUACCUCGCUGAUUCUCCCCUCUCUUUCUGUCCCCUGCCUUUGUGCUGUCCCGUCCCGUCUUGUUUUGUGAGUGCGAUAUGUCCAGUGUAGUUGCGAUAUCUUCCCUCACUGCGCCACUGUGUUUAAGUUCAACAGCCUCGUAACAUGUCAUGUCAUUUUAUUGUGAGUGAGCAAAAACUUAAAAAAACCUUGUGAAACUUUCGAAAAUGAAAGACGUCACGUUCGCUGCUGAUAUGCCAUGGUCUGAAUGUGUGUGUGUGUGUAAGUGAGUAAGAAGGAGUGUGUGUUGGACUGUGGCAGUGGUGUCUUCAUUUACAUGUAGCGUUGUGUUUGCCCAUCAUUGUUUCCUGCCAAGUGUACUCUCUUCAUGAACAGCUUCCAUUUGUAAGAAACAAAAAAACAAUCAAAAAGAGAAAAUGCAUCACCACUUCCAGCUGUGUGUUAUGAACUAACUUAUCCAGUGUAUUGUAGGGUCUGUGAAUCAGUGUUAACAAUAUUUGGAGGGGAUGACGAUCAAUAUUUCCAUCAGAAGAGAUGGAGAGAAAGUGUGCGAAGAGCAGGAGACGGGGAUGUGGGGAGGGGGAAGAGACUUGGUGAAAGGAAAGAAGCAAUAAAUGACCAGAUUAAGAUGGA